CUAACGGCAGUGUACUGUUGCUCCAGCUCGCGGGCAGUCAACAUGAUACUGUUUUUGUUAUUGGUGCUGGGAAUUGUGCUGUACGCAUACUUCACUAGGAAUCAUUCUUAUUGGGCAAAACGUAAUGUGAAACAUGACCGACCGAUACCGAUCUUCGGUAACCAUUUGCGAAAUAUACUGGGACUAAAAAGUCUUACGGAAAUAGCCACGGAGCUCUACAAUAAAUAUCCCGAUGAGAAAGUGGUUGGAUAUUAUAGGGGAAACACUCCGGAAUUAAUCAUUCGCGACCCGGACAUAGUAAGGUAUGUUCUAAAUGUUGAUUUUCCGUAUUUCUAUCCCCGGGGAUUGGGUAGGAAUAAUGAUGCGGAGCCGCUACUAAAAAACCUGUUCCACGCUGACGGUGACUCAUGGAGAUUGUUGCGAAAAAGGUUGACGCCUGCCUUUACCACCGCCAAGUUGAAGCGCAUGUUCCCUCUGGUGGUGAUGUGCGCGAAGAAAAUGCAGACUGCGGCUGAAGGCAUCGCGGACCGCGGCGCCCCUUGCGACGUGCGAGAGAUGAUGGCGCGCUUCACGACCGAAUUCAUUGCCGCCUGCGGCUUCGGAAUACAAACCGACACCAUCAACGACGAGAACUCACGCUUCAGGGAGAUGGGAAAGUUAAUUUUUUCACGGAGUUGGGUGUCACUUGUUGUGGUAGCAUUGUGGGACAUAUUUCCAGAACUAAGAAGUGUUUUGAAGGUCGGUGAUAGUGGCGUGGAGGAAGCUAUUACUACAAUAUAUCAAAAUAUUCGAAGUCAGAGAAACGGUAAGCCUUCAAGCCGUAAUGAUUUUGUGGAUCUUCUGUUGGAGCUGGAACAGAAGGGGAAAAUUCAGGGAGAGUCCAUAGAGAAAAUGAACUCCGACGGGCCCCCGGUGAUGGUUGAGAUGGACAUGGACACCAAAUGUAUUGUUGCUCAAAUGUUCGUAUUCUUCGCUGCCGGCUUCGAAACGUCAUCAUCAGCCACCAGUUUCACUUUACAUGAACUAGCUUUCAAUCAAGACGUACAACUUAAGAUUCAGAAAGAAAUAGAUCAAGUCUUGGCAAAAUACAACAAUGAAUUAUGCUAUGAUGCCGUUGCAGAAAUGUCUCUGUUAAGUAUGGCUUUUAAGGAGUCUUUAAGAAUUUUUCCGUCACUGGGAAAUUUACAUAGGGUUUGUGCUCGGUCGUAUACUAUACCGGGACUAGAUAUUACAAUAGAUCCCGGAGUGAAAAUCAUUAUCCCUGUGGAAGGCAUACAAAACGAUCCGAAGUAUUAUGACGAGCCGAAACGGUUUAAUCCAGAGAGAUUCGCUGGAAUGGAGCCAUCACAAUAUAAGUACACGUUUAUGGCGUUUGGUGAAGGACCUCGAGCUUGUAUUGGUGCUCGUCUUGGUGAGAUGCAGUCUCUUGCGGGCCUGGCGGCCGUGCUGCAGAAGUUCACCGUGGAGCCAGCACCCAACACGCGUCGGGUCCUUCAAGUGAAACACACUCAUAAUAUCGUCCAAGGCGUGGAGGGAGGGUUGCCUCUUAUUCUUAAACGUAGAGAGAAUAUCGCAUAAAGUAAAAACCAUACGUAUGCUUCAUUUAGUUCGGGCCGAUGUGUCUUUCAAUAGAUAAAAUUAUCCACUAAAUAAAUUAUAACCUAAACGAAUAAAAAAGUGGGACAAUUGAACACCUUAUACAUACAACUGUGAUUUUUAAUUUGUUUAUGUUUUAUCCUAAGAUUAAAAAAAUGAUUUUAUGUAUUAAUUCCGUCCCCGUGUAGUUAUUAAAAACACACACUUGUAAUAAAACUGACUGAAUGAUCUAAAUGUAAGACGACUUGGUAUUGACCAUUCAAAUAAUUUUCCCAGAAAUAUAACUAAAUUAAUGUAAAAUAUAUUUAUUAUUUAUAAAUAAAUAACAGGUACAUGCAAAAGUAGGUUCAAAUAGCAUUCAGCAUCAGCAAUAUAGAGGUAGAAGGAAACUUAAUUCAAUUAAGGAUGUAAGGUUUGUAAAACAAUCAUGCUGGGAAAAGUGGCUAGCAAUCAGGAAUAAUCAGCGAACACGAGGUUGUUUGUCAUUUAUUUAAAUGGAAUUACUCCGUGAAAAGACAUGUCGAUCAAUAGAGUAGUUUCCAAUGUUUGAUUUAGUUUAUUAUUUUAUAUGUAACAGAAAAUAAUAUGAAAAAGAAAUUCUUCUGUGAAAUCAGCAUCAAAAUUGGUUGAAAAAUAAAGCAGUUAUCAUAUUUGAAAUAUUGUUGUGAGCGAAAAUGGGGGCGUGGCGGGGUUAUCGUGCUGGCCUUUUCUCACUCACGCAGCGUUAUGGUCGGUGGCACUAAGUGACGUCACAUUUCACUAUUACUGUAAAUUGACAGCUUCAUUUUCCACCGAAUUUCAAAGCUUUAUAACUUAUUUAUUAUUGCGUGGAUUUAUUUUUCUUAUAGAUAUUGGAUGAAAUACAUUUUUGAUAAAUGUAAUUAAAAAAAUCUCAUCAACUAUCGUAUUGUGGUCAUGGUCUGGUCUGGAUGGGUCGAUGGUAGCCGUAGUUGGGCUUGUCCUCGUUCGGCGGAGGAAGUGACGUUCCAACUUCCAACCUGAUAUUGAUCAUCGUAUAACAUUUACUCUUAGUGACAUUCCCAUGUUGGUACUGACCAAUCUGUUGAGUCAGAUAAUAAAGCUAUAAUAUAAGUGGUUUUGUGGAAUCAAGAGGAUGGAAUCUAAGGUAAAUUCCUUACGAUAUCCGGUUAGGUCAACACGAAAUAAAAACUUUAAUUAUAAGGUGUAGAUUGUAGACUAGUUUUAUGUUUAAAGUUUUGUUAGUUUAUCAUGAAUGUUAUGUUUACCGCGACUUGUAGUAUUAAAUGGUGAAGAUGUAACGUACAAAACCUUUUUAGUUUUAUAAUUUUCUUUUCAAAUAUGUAUGACUGCCUUUUGAAUGAUGUUUGCAAAAAUAAAGAAUUGUUAAGGUGGAAAGUUUUAUUCCUUAAAUUCUUAGCAACAAAGCAUUAGUGAUGUCAUUCAAGAAUUGGUAUUAAUCUCAGAUUAAUCUUGGAACGAUAACAAGCACUUUGUUCUGAGAUAUUAAUUAAUAAUUAAUUAGUAAAAUAUUAAUGUCAAUUUGAGAUUUUUAAAUAGAAAAUCUUAGAGUAUUUAAGUGACUCAUAUUAUUCAUCGUAUUGUUGUGAUAUUGAACAAAAUAUGCCUCGUCAUUUGACAUACGUAAACAGGUAGUUUGUAAUUAUAUUGACGGUCAGAAUAUUGCUGAGUCACUAUUACGAUGUUAAUUUGUAACUGCCGCACUCAAAUCGUUACAUCUUAAUUAUCAUUAGCCAUUAUUCAGAAUUUUAUAUAUUUUUUUCAAAAGGUUAGUGAGUUCAAGAAGUUUCUAAAGUAGUUUUUUUUAUUAAAUUAUCAUAUUGUAUUUAUUAGAAACGUUUUCAUUCGCGCUCGAUGUGAAAAUAAUGAAACCAAUAAAGCUGUUGUAAUUAUUAAAGUGAAGUCGGGUGGUCUACUAAUACUGAUUAUUCAUACUAAUAAUAAUAUUGGAAUUAAAAACGUAUUAGCCGCAUUAUCUCUAGAAUAAUCUAUCUUGUGAAGGCAUUGUUUAGUUAAUACUCUAUAUUUGUCUUGUUGUCUAUGUCUGGUGUAUACAUAACAAGAUAAAAGAGAAUAUUAAUAUUAGUCGUGCGUACAGUAUUUAUUAUUAAGAAAACAAUGUAAAAAUUAACUUAACUUUAAUUGAAUGAUGAUUUGUAUUUAAAUAUUCAAAUUGAAUAUAAUUGGUACGUACUAGCGACAACAGGAUAUAUAAAAAGUAAAGUAUUUGACAUAAUUAUUGGUAGGAAGUAUGUACAAUAUUCAUUAAUUUAAAGGAUAAUUUAUAAAAAUGUGAUGCGGCAACCCCCACAUUGCGUGGGGAUAAAGGCAGAUAGAAAACAAUUAAAGUAACAAAACUUGAACAUAAAAAUUGUAACAAUAUUGUUAGUUAAAAAUAAAAAUGUUUUAUCUUAAUGA